CCUUGGACAUUGAACGGCGCGCGUUUGCAGAGUUACAUCGCGCGGUUACUGUGGGACACACACACCGGAGAUCCGGGUUUCUACGGUAACGCGCCGCAUUGGCUAUUUCUGUUCCGAGGAUGCAGGCUGUGAGAGGGAAACUUUUGACAGCUGGAAGAUGAGUUAGGAGUCUGUUAAGAAUCUAGACAAAGUGGUCUCAAAAGGAUCUGGAAGGAUUCAAGCUGCCAUCUGUACUAAUAUCAUGGUGGUCAUGAGACAUCCUGAGCUGCCUGCCAUCACGCUGACUCUUCUCUGCAGCUUAGCAUCCAUGCUGUGGGGCUUCCCAUUUGGACCUGUGCUUGAGCUGGAUGUCAUUCCUAGGACCACUGUGCCUUUUAAUGGGCUUCUGGGAUGUAAUCAUUUUCGUGGUCAGACUGUAAACUACAGUACCCUUCUGCUGGAGGACAGAGCUGGCAUGUUGUAUGUAGGGGCCAGAGAGGCCCUGUAUGCCCUGGACACAGCCAAUAUCUCAGCUAUCCGCAACAACAGUUCUAUCGAUUGGGCUGCAUCUUCAGAGCAGAAGAAACAGUGCUUAAGCAAAGGAAGAGAUGAUCAGACAGAAUGCUACAAUUAUGUUCGGUUUCUUGAUCGAUAUAAUGAGACUCAUCUCUACACCUGUGGGACCCAUGCCUUCCGCCCUCGCUGUGCAUACAUAGAUGUGGAGCGAUUCAGCUUUGUGCGUUUUGAGGAGGGCAAAGAAAAAUGUCCCUAUGACCCAUCCAAAGGUUACACUGGGUUCAUUGUGGAUAGUGAGAUGUACACCGCCUCGCAGUAUGAUUUCCGCAGCUCCCCUGACAUUCGUCGUAACUUUCCCUUUCCCAACCUGAAGACAGAGGACACUCCAACUAAAUGGCUGCUGGAGGCGGACUUUGUUGGCUCAGCACUAUUAAGAGAAAGCAUCAACAGCUCCAUUGGGGAUGAUGACAAAGUUUACUUCUUCUUCACUGAGAGAAAUCCAGAGCAGAAGCCUUACUCCAGUCAGACCAGAGUGGCCAGAGUGGCCAGGGUCUGUAAGGCCGACAUAGGAGGUCAAAGGACUCUUCAGAGGAAGUGGACAUCCUUUUUGAAGGCCCGACUUGUAUGUUCUUUCCCUGAGUACGAGUUGCAGUUUAACAUCCUGCGUGGUGUAUAUGUGCUGGAAGGACCUACUAUUCAUGACAGUCUCGUCUUUGCAGUCUUCAGACUUGAAUGGAAAAAUGUUAAAACAUCUGCAGUUUGUCAGUACUCUAUCAGGGAUGUCCAGGCUGCAUUUGAUGGCCCUUACAUGGAACUACAAGACUCCAAAUGGAGGGAAUACACUGGAAAAGUUCCAGACCUUAGGCCUGGCUCAUGUAUAACUGAUCAGCACCGGGCUCAGCUUAUAAAUUCAUCACGGGAUCUACCAGAUAACGUGCUCAUGUUUGCUCGGAGACACCCUUUGAUGGCCAGAGAAAUCCAGCCAAUAGGAGGGCGACCCCUACUGUUCAAAAAGAGCACUGACUACACCAGGAUAACUGUUCAUAAGGUCACUGCCUUGGAUGGGAACACCUAUAACAUGAUCUUCACUGGAACAGAUGAUGGGUGGAUGCAUAAGUCCGUACAGCUUAGAGAUCGGGUGCACAUCAUUGAGGAGCUACAACUGUUUAAUGAACCAGAGCCUAUAAACAACAUGGUUAUUUCAUAUAAACAGAAAAGUGUAUAUGUGAGCGCUGCGUCAGGAGUGGUGCAGGUGCCUCUGUCUUCCUGUCUGCGCUACACCUCAUGUUAUGGCUGUGUGUUUGCACGAGACCCACUAUGUGGCUGGGAUGGGAGACAAUGUGUUGAAAUAUCAACAUACCCUGUCAGGUCCAACUUAACUCAGGACAUUCAGAUGGGUAACAGAGGGUGUGACAACAUCACAGAGGGUGGUUUUGUGACCCAUCGCACUCGUUCAGUGAUGGUGGGACAUGACAUGCUCUUGCUUUGUGAGCUUCGCUCCAAUCUGGCAGUUCCCCACUGGACUCUGAAUGGUGAACAGCUGCAGGGUUACGCUGUGGACACUGGCUAUCGGAUUGGCACUGAUGGCCUCCUCAUAAUCGGGGCUCAGACCCGGCAUAGUGGCCAUUACCGCUGUUAUGCUGUGGAGAAUGCUGUUUGGAUUCCCAUACGCAGCUACAUGGUUAGGGUGCAGCCUGUUCCUCCACCUUCACCCCAUCUACCCACAGAUCCAACCGCCCUACCUGAGAGGCUCUUCACCACUAGCACAGUGUCUAUCAGCCCCUCUAGUGAAUCCAUAGAGCAGCCCCUGCACCCACUACCUUCCAGGCCUGAGUUCCACACCACCCGACACAUGGAGGCUAUGUAUAUCUCUAUGGUGGCUGUUUUAGGUGGACUCUGUCUUGUGCUGACUGUGGUGCUGCUGUAUGUUAGCUUCUGUGCACGUAGUGCCCCUGGUCACAGGAAGUACUCUCAGCAAGAGCUGUCCAUUACCCCUACCACAGAGAGAAAACGGAGCUCUCAUGUGGAGCUGAAGACAAUCUCCAGUCACUGCAAUGGGAGGAUUGGUGGUCUUUAUGGAGCAGCAGCAUCAGGUGGAGAAUUCCUGCAGAUUAUUCCAAGUGAUGGGCAGGUCAGCCCUAACAAGGAGCCUCCUCCAGCUCCUCCACUCCCCCUUCCACCUCCACUGCCAUCUACAGAGUAUGCAAACGGCUUGUCGGCCACGUUCCCCAAUGUUUUAAGGAAAAUAAAUGGGAACAGCUACAUGCUCCUGAGUCAGAUGGACUCAGAUAUGACCUCACCUCUUUACCAUUCUUUCACAGAGGAGCUCAACAGGAUCUUAGAGAAGAGAAAACACACGCAGCUGGAUAUGCAGCCAGACGAAAGCUCAGUGUAGCCCUAUCUCAUCCUAAUAAGGGUAGUGGCACCUUUUGUUGAAGAUGUAUUUUAUUAAAUAAAAUAACUGUGGUGUAUUAUGCUGUAUUUGCACUGUAUCCUGAUGUACACCUCAAGUCCUAUAGAUAUUAUGAACCAUGAUUUUGGAUGUUUUUGUUAUUGAGGACUUUCAAACUCUAAUAACAUACCAUAAUAUGUCUAAUAACAGUGUUGUAAAAGAAAUAUUUAUUUUAUCUGAGGUGGUAAGGGAAAGACCUCAAAUAGAGAUCAUGAUCUCAGAGGACUCUGAGAGCAUAAACAUGCAGAACAAAAGAAGUAAAUACAAAAAUAUGUCCACUGACUGGGUUGACAAAAAGCUAUGUAAAUACAUUGAUAAUCAGUGUAUGUACAUUACAUUCAUUUAUUAUUUGUAUCUUACUGCAGGGGUUCUUGGCCUCUGGUCAUUGGCACCCCUGGCCUUGCACAGCAUUUCAAAAGUCGAAUACAUCAGAUCUAGGAAAAAUCUUCAAACUGUGCUUAGUAGGAUCUCAUCGAUGAUAGGUAGCAAAUCUAAAUGGAAUUCUGCUGCUUACAUAACAGCUUUUGCUCUCAAGCAACUAAAAUUGGAAAUAAAAAAGACAAAUUCAGUGCAGGAUCAAAGUAAAAUGACAAGACCAAGCUUGGAUGCUGAAAGACCAGAGGAAACUUAGCAAAUGAAAAACAUGCUGUAAACAAAGGAACCUAUUACAAUCUUGCCAAUGCUUACGCCUAAUUUGCCACCCACAGAAAUACAUGCUAUUUUCAUUUAUAGCAUUCAGUGGCUCUUUGUAAAGUGACCACUUUACCAACAAAUAUGAGCAGUUGUUUUUUUUUGUUUUUUUUUUAAUAUCCAAAACUUUAAUGUCCAGAGAGGAUAAAGCCGAGUUUCAUCCAUACAGAUUGAAAAUAAAUAAAUAAAUCAACAUUGCAAAACGGAUUUGUUAUUAGAAUAGUGAUAAUAUGGUAAAAUGUGGAGAAACUGGGGAUGCAUUCAUACAUCCUCUAGAGGACAUUGCAGCAUUGUUGAAAUGUAUCAGCUUGGCUCUGAGCCACUUGAAGUGAAAUUGCCAUCAUUAUAACAAAAUUUCCACUGCUUAAUGCAUGGUGCCCUUGGCAAAGUCAGUAUCACUUUCCAGCUAUUACAGUGCUUGUUCAGCUGAAGCGUUUAAAAAAAGAAAAGAUUUUGCCACAAUGUGAUGUAAAAAAAAAUGUUAUGAAAGAAGCCUAUAACAAGCAAAACACCACAUAAAUACCGCUGUAUGUAUAUGUACAGAGUUCUUCAUCAGCACUGCCACAUGACCAAAAUCAAAUAACCUAGAAAUUAAGGGUAUUAUUUUGUAUCAUAUUUUUCUCUUUUCAUCUUUAAGCCAAUACUGUCCCAAUAUUUGUUUACCUAAAAUGCAGUCUUCACAAGGUUUUUAAAUGCUAAGAAACAUAGUAUUCUGUGCUAAUAUACAUUUUGUUUUCCAUUUUCAUCACUUUGAGUGAUUGAGUGUAUGCCAAUAAUAAUAAAAAAUCAGUACAUUAGACACUGUAUCAGUUUACAUUAAGGUCUAGCUAAUCCAGUUUGGUAUUAUGUCAAUGACUGAACUUACAGUAACUGAUGUUAAUUGAUGUGAAUCAUAUUUUUUUCUGCAACAUUAGCAAACUGGUCUAGAAGGCUGUAAUAUUUCUGUACAUACUGUAUAGUACAAUAUGACCUUUGUUUAACAGCGUUUGUACUGAUCAGUAGCAUAAAAUUGGGCUUUCGUACACUUGUCAUUAGUGGCUUUCUGCACUUGACUGGUGUUUUUGUCAGUGAGCAGCUUACCAUGACAAUAGUACCUUUGAUUAGUUUUUUUUUCUUUCAUUAUAGCAUAAAAACUACACCAGAACAUAUCACUUUCCUCCCCCCGCCCCCCCGAAACAUUAUGACUUUAUAACAAACUGACUGUCAAACAUUUCAUGGGCCAAGUAUUUUUCUGUAGAUGUUAUGUCCUAUUAUUGAGAUCAUGCAAGUGUAUUAGAGUAAAUUGCAAUAUAUUUUGGUACAGCUCACAUUUUAGAUUACUUCAUCACUUGCAUAAGGAGUAAUAACAUGCUGAAACAAUGACAUACCACUCCCUGUGAUAGGCAAAUCACAUGACUGAUCUACUGUGUAAGUCUUUUUAUGGUAAAUAUCCAAGUUAUGUUUAAGUCUUGUACUAAGCCAUGUAUUUAUAUAUACAUUUUUGUUGCUUUAUGAAAGCAGUACCAUAAUCUCUAUUCAAUGCAGAAAGCUCACUCCUGAUAUCUACAGAUGAACAUGCUGGAAUCAUGGACAGUAGAUGAAGGGCUGAAGAAAAUGUGGGCCUCAUUGUGCUAAACAUUUCCCACAUUAAGGAAUUCACUGACAUUUAUUGCACUAAUUUUCAUACUAAGGAAAUUCUCUUUCUACAUGUUUUAGACAUAUUUUACAGAAUUUGAGGAUUCAUAAAUUCCUGUUUACAGAAAGUUGGGAUUUUGUGAACCUGUUUUAUACAGUAAAAAGGAAAAAAGUGUUUAUCUAAACUAGAAACAAGAGGCCCAUUCUGUGUCAUUUUGCAUCUGCAUAUUCAAUCAAGUGUAUCAGGCCCAUUUAUAUGUCCUAUAUGUAGCGGUCUCCUAGCAACAGCACUGUAUUUAGAACUUGCUGUAAUCGACAGAAUAGGUCAAGUGAGUCUUCACAAAGGAAAGAUAAUGUGACUGGAGCACACUUGUCUAAUCUGACUGUAAUAUGUUAAAUGUAUUAAUAGACACACCAUCACAAGGGAAAACUUAAAUCAAUUAGAUCUCUCUGAACCUGUUUUGUUUUACACCCCCACAUCAGCUGUGAACUCUGCUUCAGUCCAUAGCCUGUCUAAGGCUCGUUGAUUUAUUUAUUUAUUUUUCAUUCAAGGAUAUCAUAAAGCUUAGGGAAAGGUUUUUCCAUAGCAUACAUGUAUCAUUAGUGCCAGAAUGGCUUGCUUCAACACACUUGUUAAACCUUUUACAAGUACUACAUGCUUCUAUAUGUGCCAAACUGUUUCCACUUUCCAUCUUCAUGCAAUGCUUAUGGGAAGAGACAGAAUAAUGAAAAACAAUGUUUUAUCACUUGCAUGUCUUUUCCCCCUGUCACUGUAAAGAUCCUGUAAAGACAAUUACACCUUUACAAUAUUAAGCAUGUAAUAUACAAUAUUAAUUGCGUGCUCUAAUAUCCAAUGUUUCUUUUCCAAUAUAUCCAAUAAAUUAAUUUUCUACAGUGAACAAAUGUUUUUUUUAUUGUUAUUUGUUGCUCCAUAACAUCAUGUCAGAACACAAUCCAAACAACACAAUGUUCAGAUCUGCAUCUCGGGAUACUACAUUUUGAGAUUGCCAAGAACAGGCUGAUAGUGGACUUAAUCAAUCUAUAUUCAGUGCUCAAUAAACAGCCAAUAUUCAGCAGAAUUCCCCUACCCCCAAUUUUAUGCCAGCAAAACUUUGUCCACAAUAUACACUGACAUCCUUCUAGGUGUUACAUUCACUUGGUAAUUAGUAAGAUGUCAAAACAGUCACUGUAGCACAAGUAGAAAUUAAUGGUGACGAGUCAUCAUUUGGCCUGUGGACCAACUGG